UUCUGACUUGAGACCUAUUCCAAAAGUUAGUAUUAUUCUCCUUUGAAUAAAUACACUUUGCUCAAAUGGCGUUAGAAGCUGAAGUGUGGAGCGACAUUAAACCAAUUCCCCUAGACGAUGGACCUGACCCGUUGGCACCAAUUGCAUACGAUGCUGAAUACUCUGAAGCUAUGGGUUACUUUCGCGCUAUUUCUCAAAGGGAUGAACGUAGUGAAAGAGCUUUAAAACUAACAGAAAGAAUUGUUGAGUAUAACCCUGCUCAUUAUACUAUCUGGCACUAUCGUCAACAAAUUUUAUUCUCUUUGAAUAAAAAUCUAAAUGAGGAAUUGGAUUUUGUAAAGGAACAAAUAGAGAGUAAUCCAAAGAAUUACCAGCUUUGGCAUCAUCGACAAGUUCUUGUGGAAAAACUUAUGGAUGCUUCUUGUGAAUUGCCAUUUAUUAAUGAGAUUUUGAAUGAUGACGCAAAAAAUUAUCAUGCUUGGACUUACAGGCAAUGGAUUAUAAGAACUUUUAAUUUAUGGGAAAAUGAACUUGAUUUUGUCAAUAAAUUAUUGGAUAAAGAUGUUCGAAAUAACUCUGCCUGGAAUCAGAGAUAUUUUACCCUUUUUUUCAAUCCAACUAAACCUACUGAGGAAUUUCUUACUCAAGAAAUUGAAUAUGUGAUUGAAAAAAUUAAAAUGGCUCCAAAUAAUAUAAGCCCAUGGAAUUAUAUUAAAGGCAUUAUCGCAAAGUCUAAUAAAGAUAUUGGUAUUUUGGAAGAAUUAUGUAAAGAGAUCGAAAAACAGGAUAUUAUAUCUCCUCAUGCUAUUGGAUGUCUUGUAGAUAUUUAUGAGAGUCGGGCGCGAAAAGGAUCUGCCACAGAUAAAGAAGAAGGAAUCAGAAUUUGUACACUUUUAGCAGAAAAGCAUGAUGCUAUUCGAAAAAAAUAUUGGGAAUACAGAAAAGUCAUUUUAACAUCACUUUAAUUGGUAUUUGUAGUUGGAUGAUUUUUAUAAUCCGUUAUAUAUUAUAGUAUUUUAAUAAUUCAUCUAUUAGUUAAAACAUUUGGUUACAAGACAGUAUUUUAAUUUUGUCAUCGUAAAGACUUAAACAAUAAAUGAUCGGCCGCGAAGUUCAUGUGAUUCGUACCACAUUCCGUAAUAGGUGAUUACGCAACCCUAAUUUAAAGUAUAAAUAAAUAGAUCCUUGAGAUUUGUAAAAAUAUUUUUUAAAUAAAAAUUUAUUACUUAUAAAUCUUUUAC